AUGUCUUCUAUUGAUGUUGUGGGAUGUCAACUUGGAGUAGUUACCAAUACUCUUAUCCGUAUUGCAAUAUUUCCCAUCGGUAAAAUUAAUGCCUCAACAUUUAAAAAGUUUGUAUCAAUGAUACAAGCUUGUGAUUCAAAGCCGAUCAAAAGUUUGACCAGAUUCAGAGAUGAUAAUUUAAAAAGUCCUUUUCAAAAGCAGGAUUGGUCUCGAUCUGUUUUAAAAUUUCAAUUUGUUGACGAAACAAGUAUUAAUACAGGAUAUUCGGAUUUCCAUCAAUAUAGAAACGUUCACGGAGUGAUUGGUAUUAUGAGUUGCUUGAGUGAGGAAUCUGUUGCUAGUGGAUUUACAAAAUACAAAAAGCAAAAAUUACAACUAUACGGAAAGAAUAUUGUGGGAAGAUGCUUUGCAGUAGAGCAAGAUCCUGAAACAAUGGCUCCUGAGGAUGAAGAAUUGGUGGUAAUUCCUAAUCAAGAUGAAAAUCAUGUUGGAUGUCAUAUUGAUUAUUUAUUUUCUGAUUUGGCAAGACAAAUACUGAUCAGAUUUGAAAAAAUUGUUUCAAAUCCUUCUGCCUAUUUCAAUGAAUUAUCAAAUACGUAUUUAAUGACCUCUCCAUCUGGUCUUUUCCCAACAAGUAAUAAUAGUAGUAAUAAUACCAAAAAGCCAGCAACCCCAGCCAAAACAAAAGUUGAUACACAAACCAUUCCCACUUCACAAUCGUCAACCAAUCUUUCCCUUGGAGAUGAGAAAAAUUUACAAAACAUGAAAUUAUUUGCAGAUUCCUCUCUUUUAAUUUGCGAUUAUGAGGAUGCCAUGACUACCUAUCAAGAAAUUAGUAACAUUUGUAAGAUGCAAUUGAACAAUACUACAAGUGCAGCUAUCAACUACCCUUUAUAUCAGGCUGGUGCAGCCGAAGGUAUGGCUUCCAUCAUUUUUGUAAAGUCAAGACUUGCACAAAAGUCUGAGGUUGAUAGCUCCAUAGUUCAACAAAUCUAUGAUUUGAUUCAAGAAUCUAUUCAAUUUUAUGAAAAAUCUAAAAAGAAAGAUCUUUUAGUGGAAACCUACAUUAAAAUGGCUGUAUUCAUCUCAGGGUAUUGCGAAAAAAAGAAGAGAAAGGAAGCACUAGACUGUCUAACAAAGGCUGUUCAAUCUGCUGAUUCUUUAACAACUCAAGAGAAGAUUGUUGUUUCUGGGUUUGCAGCCAAAAUUUGCAAGCAAAUGAAAUGUAAAAGAAAGUUUGGAUUUUUCUUGAGACAAGUAGCAGUUCUUCAUCAUGAAUUGUGCAACCAAGGUGUUUCAAUUAGAUUGGGAUCCCAAUUUAUGGAUGCUUAUAACAUUCCAAUUGAGCUAACAUCACGUACAGAAUGGAAAACAAAAAAGAAUUUUUCACUCAAAGGAUGGCAUUUUAUUCAAAUGGAUGUUAUCAAAAGCAUGAUUGAUUUUGCACAAUCAAUGAGUCCAGCUGAUUAUUGCACAGAAAUUCAAUUUAGAUUUUAUCUCUUAUCAGAGUAUGGACAAAUUAUGUCUAAAACAACUCAAGAGGAACAUUUGAAGCGUAUAUUAUCUGUUUCUCACCAAAUACCUAAAGGCAUAAAUAUUCUGUUAAAGCCUCUUCCAAUCAUCAAAAUGGUUGCUCCUCAAAAAUUACCUUCACACUUGGAACCAAAGUCACUGGAAAUCAAAGAUAACAGACCUCAAUUGUUUAUUUAUUCUCCAUUUGACAAGAAGGAUGAAAGAUUGGUAACUUUAAAUUGGGCAAAAAAUGAAACUGCACAAACACUAGUUGAAUUUUACAAUCCAUACAAGAUUGAUUUACGCUUAAAGAAUGUAUCGGUAAAGUACAAACCUGAGAUUUCUCCAAUUAAUGAAAGUGGAGAACCUAUUUGUGACGUAUUUGUUCACUCAGCUGUGGUUGCGAGUGGGCAAUCUCAAAAGGUUUUUGUAGCAACUAAACCUAGAGCAGUUGGAAGUAUUAUUCUUGAUUCAAUUGGAAUAGAAUUUGAAGAAGGUAGAUUUAAAUCACCAGUCUAUCUUCCAAUAACAACCCAACACCUCGUAAAUGAAAAAAAAGAAAGGAGAGACUAUGAUAUCACCGUUGUAGAGACUGUUCCACUUCUUAAUGUAACUCUUUCAACACCUCAACUAUCUCUUGUUGAUGGAGAAACAACUACACUCUUUGCAAAGCUUCAUAACACUGGUAAUUGUGAGAUUACCUUCCUUGAAAUUACAUUUAACAAUCAAACAGCAAACACUGUUUCAAUUAAGGACGAAAUUAUCAAAAAGUAUCUUCCGCUUGUUCCAGAUGCUGAUGUUGUAACAAUUCCAAUUGAAGUAGUUGGAGUAUGGAAAGGAUCAAGUGAUCUAGGUAUUAUUAAUAUUCAUAUCAAAUAUGGUAUUGAAAAACAAGAUCCUAAUGAAAAAUCUUAUUAUAGAGAGAUGGACCUUUCCAUUAAAACAACAGUAAUGAGGGCUGUUGCUGUUGAAGAUUGUAUAACAGUUAACGAAUCAUUCAAUAAGAAGAUUGUGGCUAAAAUUCACAACUAUUCCAAUUCUUCCUUUAUGUUAUUGUCUAGCCUCUCCCAACAUUUAAAGGAUGAGCAAUUUGAUACAGGAAUACCUUUUGGUGCUCAGUCUACCAAAAUGAUUCUUGUUGAUCCUUCCAUUCUUCAUGAUAUCAAUUUUGAAGAUUUGAAUAUUCCAUACACAUCAGAUAUCAAUAGAUAUAAGGGAACAAUAGCAAAUGCAAUGAGAUGGAAAUCUUAUGUCAACACGAUUGGUAUUGUUGGUUGUAAGAAAGAGAGUGAAGAAGUAAAACAAAAUAGCCAAUCAAAAGAAAGAGUACAUUCCAGAAAACAAACCAUCAUUUCUGCACCUCCCAUUAUGAAUGAAUUCUUGAAUAUUAAACAAGAAAUGAUUGCCAAUGUAAAUAAUCAAAUUAUAGGCCACAAAGAACUGGCUAUUCAACAAGUUCCUGUACAAUUAGGCAUUAGCGAACAAGUAGAGUUCACAAUUAAUGUAACACUUAGCUCAGUUAAUAAUCAACAAAUUUUAAAUAAGAUUGCAAGUUUAAUUUUAAGAGUUUAUCAAGAUGGAGAAAAUGGUACAAGAAUACCUGCAACAAACCGACAAUUUUGUUAUUCUGGUAGAUUGAAUACUUGUUUGGAAUUGACGUCAUCGAGUCCUUCCCAAAUAACUCUAAAACUUUUCUUUUUAGAAAAGGGGACAUUUAAAUUAUCAGUUCUUUGUAAUGAUGAACAAACUCAAGAUAUGCUUACCUCUCCAAUAGAGGCAGUUCUUGUAAUUAAAUAAAUUGUGGAGUAUUGAAUU